CGCGGCCACUUCCGGGCCCCAGUGAUGCCCUGCGGCGCGCCGGACGCUAGGUGGUCCGGCCAUGUUUCGCGCGCUGAGCGCCCUGGGCGCGCGGCCCAUGGGCCGGCCCCCAGCCCCGUUUCUGCUCCCCGCGCGCUGCCGCAAGACCCGCCACGACCCGCCGGCCAAGUCCAAGGUUGGGCGCGUGGCGACCCCACCCGCUGUGGAUCCUGCGGAAUUCUUCGUGCUGACGGAGCGUUACCGGCAGUACCGCCAGACGGUGCGCGCCCUCAGGCUGGAGUUCGUGUCCGAGGUGCGCAAGAAGGUGCACGAGGCCCGGACCGGUGUCUUGGCAGAGCGCAAGGCACUGGAGGACGCCGCUGAGCACCGCGAGCUGAUGGCCUGGAACCAGGCGGAGAACCAGCGGCUGCGCGAGCUGCGGAUGGCCAGGCUGCGGCAGGAGGCGCGGGAGCAGGAGCGGCGGCAGGCGGAGGAGGAGGCCCGGCAGGCCCGAGAGGCGCAGGCUUGGGUGCAGCUCAAGGAGCGUGAAGUGCUGCAGCUGCAGGAGGAGGCAAAAAACUUCAUCACCCGAGAGAACCUGGAGGCGCGGGUGGAAGAAGCGUUGGACUCCCCCAAGAGCUACAAUUGGGCCAUCACCAGAGAGGGGCUGGUGGUCAGGCCACAGCACAAGGGCUCCUGAGGGCCCAGUAAGGACAGUGGCCACCCAGGGACCGUGGGGGUAGGGGGGUUGGGCCUGAUCUGGAAUAAAGCAGUUGUUUCUUAUGAAGGAGGAGGCUCUACCUAUUCCAAUGCAGCCUUCACUUUUGGGCCUCAGCACCCACCACUUGGUCAGAAACUCCACACACACAGUGCCCUGUUCUGCACCCAUGUACAACUCUUAGCAAAGCACCAGACCUUAGAAGUUUCCAUCUCACAGAGGAGCAUAGUCCCCUCGGCAGCCAGGUCAUCUCCUGAGUAUCCUCAGGGUCCAGUGGUUGGCAUAUUGCAGUCCUUGGGCCAAAUCUGGCCUAUUGCUUCUUUUUGUAAAUAAAGUGUAUUGGAACACAGCCACAGUUAUUCAUUGACUGCUCUCAUACUACAAUGGCAGAGAUGAGCAGGUGCAACAGAGACCUUAUGAGUUGCAAAGUCUAAAAUAUUGUUAUAUGCCUUUUUAAAUUGAAAUAUAGUUGAUUUACAAUGUUUUGUUAGUUUCAGGUGUACGGAAGAGUGAUUGAGUUAUACAUCUAUUCUUUUUUAGAUUCCUUUCCGUUAUAAGUUAUUACAAGAUAAUAUAGUUCCCUGUGCUGUACAGUAGGUCCUUGCUGGUUAUCUGUUUUAUAUAUAGUAAUGUGUAUAUUUUAAUCCUAAACUCCUAAUUUAGCUGCCCCACCCCAAUUAUAUGACUUUUUUUGGGGGGGCGCACCAUGCGGCAUGCAGAGCUUCCCCUACCAGGGAUCAGACCUGUGCCUCCUGCAGUGGAAGUGCAGAGUCUUAACCACUGGACCACCAGGGAAGUCCUAGAUGACUUUUUACAGAAAAAGUUUGUUGACCCCUGAUCUAGGGCUUUCAGGCUCCAGCAAGGAGCAGAUAUCACCCAGUAACUGAGCCACAAAGUAGCCAUUGGCCAAAGAUACGCUUCUGCUUGACCCUGAGUUUUACUGGCCAGGGUCUGGUGUGCCCAAGACACAGAAGGCAGGAAGACCCCAUUUCUUCUGGUGGCCCUCUCCACCCUUGGCCUCAGUGACCCACAUUUACCCUGGCAGUGCAGCUUCCUUGGACCACACACCAGAUUGGUGCUGGCAGAGGCUUGAUUGACCUUUAUAAGCUCAGUGUGGCUUGUCAAGCACUUGGAGCAAACCAGAAAUACUUGUGAUUAAAGUUCACAAGCUUAGGGACUUGCCUGGUGGUCCAGUGGGUAAGACUCCGUGCUCCCAAUGGAGGGGGCCCGGGUUCAAUCACUGGUUGGGAAUCUAGAUCCUGCAUGCAUGCCGCAGCUACGAGUCCGCAUGCCACAACUAAAAGAUCCCGCAGGCCUCAACUAAGACCCGGCGCAGCCUAAAUAAAUAAAUAUUAAAAUAAAGUUCACGAGGUUGAAUAAGUGAGCAUACAGAUCCACAGCCUCUACUCAGGUGCAGGCCCUCCAAGAGCAUCCAGGGUGAGAAAGAGACAUGUUUCUCUGAGCCAGAGCUUAUGUCCCUUUGCGACCAUUCACUGAACUUUGCCUAGAUACCAGCAGAGGAAAAAACAAAACAGAAUCCUUGCUUCUUUCCCUAAUUCCCAUGUUGUAGAUAGGACCUGAGACCCUCAAGAAAUGAAAACCUUUUAGGGAAUAUGGGCAAUCCCUCACGUUCAGGUAAGGAAGCAGGUAAUAGAGAUGCAAGCAAAGGGCCAUGGUUAUCAUAGUGCCUAGGACACAGUCCCCAUCAGGGUAUCGCAUCCCUGAGAGCAGUGGCCUCCCUCCUUAGGCUAGUAAUAGCUCUUCUCUUCCCUGGCACUGAGCCCAGGCACAGUGGAGUCCUGGAUUUCAGGUGCUCAGCGUAAUUUCUAGGGUGAGAGAAUAGGCACACAUUGUGGGCCAUGGUUUAUGCCCACAGCCUUGGGCUUUGUUAUGGUGAGGAGUGGGCCAUCUGGUCUCCUGCAGAGGAAGCCUUUGGUGAGCUUUCACAUGGGACAUUGAGCCUGUUUGGGGAAGUCCCUGCUCGUCUAUCAGGAUCCAGACAAGCCAUCUGUCUUCAGGUACAGGAGACAGUGUCAUACCUUCUUGAAACUCUGUCUUUGGGCUGUUUUUCCUUCACUGGUGUCCUGCAUGGGGCUAUAAUUCCUUAGCAUUCACUGCUGAUGGCAGCAGGUCAUGCAGAGCUACCUGUAAACCAAGCUUGAACAUUUUUGUUCUCCACCCACGGCCAUCUUACUGGUUUCGGCACAAAUAGGCAGUUUAGUAACUUCAGGGUUAAUUCAAGCCUAAUGCCAUCUGUACCUGCAUUUAAUGGAUUGUAAGGUGCUGCUAGGUGCACAGGUAAGCUGUCAGAUCAUACCCAGUCCAGGUUGCAGAGUUAUGUGGUGUCCCAUGGAAGAAUGCUUAAUCUCCAGUAGAACCCUAGUAGUUAACCUGAUGGGCAGUCUUGCUCAGAAACACCAGGAUCUCUUCUGAUUCUUACCUCAAGUUCCAAAUACGGUUUGGAUCUGCUACAGACAACGUGAGCUUGUACCUCCUAGAGAGAAUCUUCUCUUGCUCAAGGCCCCACUUAGUAGUAGAUUUGAGGGCUACCCAAUAAAUGCAUUUGGAGCACAAUACCCAAAUGUAAAUGCUUUCACCAAAAUUUGAAGAGGCCUACUGUGCUUUGUGCACAAUAGGAUAGAGAGGAUAGGGGACAAGUGGAAUUUGUGUUUCACUUGUUGGGAGAGGUAUGCUGACCCCCAAAAACUUGGUUGAGUGAGCACUUUUUUCCCAGGAUUUAUGUCCCCAAUCAAGCAUAGGUGUUUUGGGAAGUUCCGUGGUGGUCCAGUAGUUAGGACUUGGUGCUUUCACUGCUGUGGCACGGGUUCAAUCCCUGGUCAGGCAACUAAGAUCCCGCAAGCACCUGCAAGCCUCGCGAUAUGGCCAGAAAAAAAAAGCAUAGGUGUUUUACCAAAACACGCAGGAUUCUUGCCGCUUCCAAUUCUCUAGGAAAAGCAGCAUGAUGUCAGCAAAGUGGACCACCAUUGUGUCCUUGGGUUGGGUGGUCAGGGUCUUGAGGAUUAGGUUGUGCAGAGUUAUUCACCUCUUAGACUGGGUUGUGGUGAUACACUGCUGCCAGGGCAAGGCAUACUGCUAGUAGUAGUCCAAGUGGACAGAAAAGAAUGUAUUUGCCACAUGAAUGGGUGCCGGGUGCCUCCUCAGUCUGUUCCGUCAAGGAGACCACCUAGACCUCAGUAAGCCUAAACUCAUUCCCCAUAUUUUUGCAGUAUACUCCAAAUUUUCUGUGUGUAUACAGUGUUCCCUGAAAUCUUUGGGAAAUUUCCCCCUGAACUUACCCUGUGUUUAUUUUCCUGACGCAAGUACAGAAGUGAAAUGGAUACCUAGGAAACAAGCCUAGUUAACUGCUAAAAUGAGGGCAAUUCUGAAUUCUGGUAGGAAGAGUCAAGCUUGGAACUCUUUUUCCUUCCCAAAUAGGAGAUCAGAAGCGAUAUUUGCAAUCCCAAAUCCUGAGACAAACAGGCAUUUCUCCCAAGGGGUGCUCCAAUGAUUAUUUCCUCAAUGCAGGUAAAUGCAUAAGCCAUGAAUGUGAACAUCCAUGUCUGGGUAAAUUCAUAGUGCAGUUUACAAAGCCUUGAGAUCAAGAACCUGUAAGGAAGAACACCAUACUGCCAUGGGGCCCAAUAACGUGACAUAAAGAAAGGCAGAGCUGCAUAAACCCCACCCUCACCAGUACUCUACAGUGGCUCUGUGGGUCACUGAUAUCUAAUAAUCUUCCACCAUUCUUUGGGCAUUUUCCCUCGCUGAGGGAAGUGUUAUAUUCACACUCUUUUUUAAUGCUGGCUCAUGCGGGAGAAAAUGGUCUGAGAGUGGGACUUUGUGUCUGGGAAACCCAUAACUGAGGUAUAAACGUCAACCAUGACUAUUGCACCUUUGCCUGACACUGCCAGAGCCAAGCCCGCAAGUGCUGGUGCUGGCUGACCCGUUGCUGCUGCUGGAACUGCAGUGCCUAUGCAGGAAGGAACCCAGGAGCCACGCUUAACUGCCGCCAUUGCUGCUGCAGCUGCCAGAAGUACCAGAAGCUGAGGGGAAAUGUGGAUUUGCCCUUCCUCUGGCUUUAAAAACAAAUCUUUUGUCAGUGACUCCUAUGUUACUGUCAUAAUGGAAGCCAGCUGGCAAGGAAGGCCUCCAGCCUCCUGUGGAACUGAGAGCUAUGGAUGAAUAACCGGUACAAACCAAUUUUUUUAGAAGCACUGUUUCUCACAACUUACAGUAUUUAGAAUGGGAUAGGCAGAAUUGUUUUGUGGGGACUUCUUUAAAAUAAGGCGAAAUGAAAUUUGAGACAGUCAUAUAUUUUGGCAAUCAGGGAUUCACACUUUCUGAAAUUCUGCAAAAAUUAUCAAUAGCAACAAACAGCAUAUCACUAGCUUGUUUUUUAAUCUGAAAAAUGUGAUACUUUCAAAUAUAAUUUUGUCUAAAAACAUAGUUUAAUUCUAACUUUUAAUAGUAGACAAAUUUAAUUUGUCAAGAAGAGUUUCAUGUAAAAUAUCUUCAAAUUAUUGUUUGGCAAAGGUCAUUAAAAUACAUAUUUUUGAAAACAGCAGUUUGUAAGCAGCUGUUCUAUAUACGUCUCUUUUAUCAUCAUUUAUCAGGAUUGUCACUUCUUUGUGUGAGACACAUGGUUUUUUCCCUCUGAAUAUUUUAUUGCUGCCUGUGACAUUCAGCACUUCGGAAAUUUUUUUAAAUGACAAAUUUCCCAGACAACAUAUGGACUGGAAGAAAAUAUUUGCAAACGAUGUGACCAACAAAGACUUAAUUUCCAAAAUAUACAAACAGCUCAUACAACUCAAUAUCAAAAAAAAAGACAACCCCACCAAAAAAUGGGCAGAAAACUUAAGUGUACAUUUCUCCAAAGAAGACAUACAGAAGACCAACAGGCACAUGAAAAGAUGUUCAGCAUUGCUAAUUAUUAGAGAAAUGUAAAUCAAAACUACAAUGAGGGAUCACCUCAUAUGGUCAGAAUGGCCAUCAUCAAAAAGUCUACAAAUAAAUCACUCGGCCCAUAGUAGGCCUUCAAUAAAUCAUCAUUCCCCCACAUUUAAAAAAAAAAGUCUACAAACAAUAAAUGCUGGAGAGCGUGUGGAGAAAAGGGAAUCCUCCUACGCUGUUGGUGGGAAUGUAAAUUGGUGUAGCCACUAUGGAGAACAGUAUGGAGAUUCCUUAAAAAACUAAAAAUAUAGUUGCCGUAUGAUCCAGCAAUCCCACUCCUGGGCAAAUAUCUGCAAAAGACGAGAACUCUAAUGAGAAAAGAUACAUGCACCCCAAUGUUCAUAGCACUAUUUACGAUCUCCAAGACACGGAAGCGAUCUAAGUGUCCAUCAACAGAUGAGUGGAUAAAGAAGAUGUGGUGUACAUACACAAUGGACUAUUACUCAGCCAUAAAAAAGAAUGAAAUAAUGCCAUUUGCAGCAAUAUGGAUGUACCUACAGAUUAUCAUUCUAGGUGAAGUAAAUCAGACAAAGACAAAUAUAUGAUAUCACUUAUAUGUGGAAUCUAAAAAAAUGAUGCAACUGAACUUAUUUACAGAAUGGAAACAGACUCAGACAUAGAAAGCAAUCUUAUGGUUACCAAAGGGGAAAGGUCAGGGGGAGAGAUAAAUUGGGAGUUUGGGAUUAACAGGUACACACUACUCUACAUAAAAUAACCAACAAGGACCUACUAUAUAGCACAGGGAACUAUAUUCAAUAUCUUGUAAAAAACCUGUAAUGAAAAAGAAUUUGUAUGUAUGUGUGUGUAUAUAUAUAUAUAUAUACACAUAUAUAUAUCUGAAUCACUUUGCUGUACACCUGAAACUAACAACAUUGUAAAUCAACUAUACUUCAAUAAAAAAAUAAAAUUAUAUAGCCAAUAAUAACAAACAAUUUCCAGUAUUUCAGUUAUUUCCUGACCUGGCAAAAUUUAAGUUUUUGUUUUUGGAUGAUCUUUGCAAGUAGAAUAUCUGCUCCAGAAAACUAAUUUGGGGAUGACUUAAGCUGAUUGAGUCACACUUGUGGCUUCCGGGACCCUUUUGUGAGUUUAUAGUAGAAAUUAAAAAUCUCCAAGAGAUAUGGGAGUGUUUGCAUGAUUUUCCUGCUCACUGCUUCAAUCCAGAAAUCCAUAUGAAUAAGUUAAAAAUAGAGAAAGCAUGGUGAGAGGCUACGUAGCUUAGUGGUUACAAACCUGGUGCAAUCUGCCUGGGUUUGAAUCCCAGCUCCCCUUCAUACUACUUUGUUCCCAAUGUCUUUGGGAACAUUUCUUAGUCUCUCUAUGCCUCAGUUUCCUCAAAAGUAAAAUAGGAAUAAUAGUGAUAUCUACCUAUAAGAUUAUUAUAAUUAAAUGAGACAUUCAUGUAAAGCUAAAGUUCAGUGCUUGGGACUUAGUAGGUGCUCAAUACAUGUUAAAUGCUAUUUUUUAAUGAAACUACAGAAUGGCCUUAAACUCAUACCACGAACUAAAACAAUAUGGUGAUUCCUCAAAAGAAUUACAUGCCAAAUACAGUAAAAUAGGGAAUCAAUUGCCGGAGGAAGAAAAGAUCCACUCUGCAGCUUCCCCUACCUCCAGCAGAGGGCAGCCUCACCAAGACAGUGACAGGGCCUUCAAAAGUUGGUAAAUUUGACAUUUUUACAAAGAAAUGAAAGAAGGAAAGGCAGCAGGAACCUAGGUAGUUCUCUCAGUCUGUUUCCUCUAACAUCACUCUGUCUCUUAAAUCUGUUGCUCUCUGUACAUUUGCAGUCUGCCUCUCUCUGUCUCUCAUUUGAAAGUAAGUUGCAGCCAUCACAACACUUUAUUUAAACAUAUAUCAUUUAAACAUAUAUCAUUUCAUAUAUCAUUUAUAUAUAUCAUAUAUCAUAUAUAUCAUAUAUCAAACAUAUAUCAUUUCAGAAAAAGGUCAUUUUCCAAAGUAACUCUAAUGUUAUUAUCUACCCAAGAAAUCAACUCCCUAUUUCCCCCUCCUUCGAGCCUCUGACAACUACCAUUCUACUUUCUGUCUCUAUGAAUUUGACUAUUCUAGAUAUCUCAUAUAAGUGAAAUCAUACAGUAUUUGUCUUUUUUGUGACUGGGUUAUUCACUUAGCAUGAUGUCUUCAAGGUUUAUCCAUGUUGCAUCAUGUGUCAGAAUUUCCUUUUUUUGGGGGGUGGGGGGCAUGCCACACACCUUGUGGGAUCUUAGUUCCCUGACCAGGGAUUGAACCCAGGCCCAGCAGUAAAAGCACCAAGUCCUAACCACUGGACUGCGGGGGAAUUCCUUCCUUCCUUUUUAAAAAAGUCACAUUGAUCAUUGAAAUACAAUGGUAUCCCUUUGUAUGUAUAUACCACAUUUUGUUUACCCAUUCAUCCACCCAUGGACACUUAGGUUGCUUCCACAUUUUGGCUGUUGUGAAUAAUGUUGCUAUGGACAUGGGUAUACAAAUAUCUCAAGACCAUGCUUUCAAUUCUUUUGGAUAUAUACCCCGAAGUAGAAUUGCUGGAUCAUAUGGGAAUUUUAUUUUUAAUUUUUUGAGGAAUCACCAUACUAUUUUCCAUGGCAGCUGUACCAUUUUACAUUCCCACCAAUAGUGCACAAAGGUUCGUUUGUCUACAUCCUUGCCAACACGUUAUUUUCUGUUUCUGUUUUUGUUUGUUUGGUUGAUUUUGAUAGAUCCCAGUGGGUGUCUCAUUGUGAUUUUUAUUUGAAUUUUUUAGUUUUGAUGAAGCCUAGAUUAUCGAUUUUUUUUCUUUCAUGGAUCAUGCUUUUGGUGUCAUAUCUAAGACUCAUUACCUAAUCACAGGUAAUAAACAUUUUUUCCUACUAUUCUAAAAGUUUGAUAGUCUUCAGUUUUACAUUUAGAUCUAUAAUCCAUGUCAGUUAAUAUUUGUAUAAGGUGUGAAGUUUAAGUCAACUUUCAUUAUUUUACAUAUGAUACCUAGUAGUUCUUGAACCACUUGUUGUAAAGACUAGCUUUUCUCCUUUGAAUUGCCUUUGAACGUUUGUCAAAAAUCAACUGACUUGGGACUUCCCUGGUGGCGCAGUGGUUAAGAAUCCGCCUGCCAAUGCAGGGGAGAUGGGUUCGAGCCCUGGGCCAGGAGGUCUCACAUGCCACGGAGCAACUAAGCCCGUGCACCACAACUACUGAGCCUGCACUCUAGAGCCCGCGAACCACAACUACUGAGCCCAUGAGCCACAACUACUGAGCCCACGUGCCACAACUGCUGAAGACCACAUGCCUAGAGCCCAUGCUGUGCAACAAAGAGAAUCCACCACAAUGAGAAGCCCACGCACCACAUCGAAGAGUAGCCCCCGCUCACUGCACCUAGAGAAAGCCCACGCACAACAACGAAGACCCAACGCAGCCAUAAAUAAAUAAAUAAAUAAAUAAACUGACUUUGUCAGUUUCCUGGUUUUGGGUUAUGUAAAACACUAUCAAUGGGGGAUCUUGAGGGAAGCUGUGUAAAAGGUAUAGGUUAAAUCUCUGUAUUAUUCUUUGCAACUUUUUGUGAGUCUUUAAAUAUUUUAAAAUACAGUAUUUUAAAAAAUCAGUUGGCCAUAUUUGUGUGGACCUAUAUUUAGAUUCUCUAUUAUGUCCCCCUGGUCUACGUGUCUUGAUUAUCGUAACUUUAUGGUAAUUCUUAAAAUCAGGUAGUAUGAUUCCCCCACCUUUAUUCUUCUUUUACCAAAUUGUUUUGGCUAUUCCAGUUCCUUUGCUUUCCAUUUGAAUUUUAGAUUCAGCUUGUCUGUAUUUACAAAAAUUCCUGCUGGAAUUUUGAUUAAAGUUGUGAUAUUGUUUUAUCAAUUAGAUAUUAUUUUAUAACCCACAGUAUAGUCUGUUGGUCAAUGUGUUCCAUGUGCUUUUGUAAAGAAUGUAUAUUUUAAACAAGUUAUGACACAAAUGACCCUAUCUACGAAACAGAGACAGACUCACAGACAGAGAACAGACUUGUGGUUGCCAAGGGAAAAGGGGUUAGAGGAGGGAUGGAGUGGGAGUUUGGGGCUAGCAGAUAUAAGCUAUUAUAUAUAGAAUGGAUAAACAACAAGGUCUUACUAUAUAGCACAGAGAACUGUAUUCAAUAUCCUGUGAUAAACCAUAAUGGAAAAGAAUAUUAAAAAAAGAAUGUAUAUAUAUGGAUAACUGAAUCACUUUGCUGUAUAGCAGAAAUUAACACAUUGUAAAUCAACUAUACUUCAAUAAAAAGCAACAAAAACAAGGACCUACUGUAUAGCACAGGGAACUAUAUUCAAUGUCUUGUAAAAAUCUGAAAAAGUGUGUGUGUGUAUAUAUAUAUAUAUAUAUAUAUAUAUAUAUGAAUCACUUUGCUGUACACCUGAAGCUAACACAACAUUGUAACUUAACUAUACUUCAAUAUUUUUAAAUGGUUAAAAAUAAAAUCCCAACAGGAAUAAAAACAAAAAGAAAGAAUGUAUAUUUUGUUUUUGAGUGACGUGUAUAUUGUUUUUGAGUGAAGUAUUGUAUAAAUGUCAAUUAGAUCCAGCUGGUUGGUGGUGGAGUUCAGUUCUGUAUCCUUGUUGAUUUUCUGUCUACUACUAUCAAUUACUGAGAGUGGAAUAUUAAAGUCUUUGAUUAUAAUUGUG